CUGCUGCUCCCUCUCACACUGUUUCAUCUCUGACCUGAACUCACCUAUCUACCUCUCUGUCUCUCACCUUUCCCCUCGCCUUCCCCUUCGUCAAACUCCUGCGAUAUCCCUCCCUGCCCUUGACUCUUUCUGUCUUCGCCAGUGUUGAUCUGUCCUACCGUUAUCCCUCAGCUCUUCCUCGACGCCCUUUACUUUGAGCUUCCUGAGCCGUCUUCUCCUCUGCUUGCUUCCUGUUCCCUGAGGACAUAUUGCUCCAUUAGUUUUCGCGCUGCUGCCCUGAGCAGGGUUGAACGGCCCCCAACUUCUUGUUAUGGAGGAGCAAGGGGCCCAAGAAGAGAUUCAGAACAACCCCAAAGAUGAUCCGAUCAAGCGGUUCCAUGCGCAGAGUGCUGCGACGUUUGCAUCUACUUUCUUCAAGAGCCUCUCGAUCCGGAAAGGAGAUUUUCUCAGGCACCUCGAGAGCACAGCCAUCUCUCGCGACAUGUGCAGGCACAUUCCCCUCGUCAUGUUCACCUGCAUCGCCUUCUUCUUGUCUGUCCUCAACCACGUCGACGUGCAGCGCAUGAGCCUGGUGGAGAAGUCAGUGGAGCACGUCUUUCUCUUCUCCGCCAGGAACGACGCGGCUAUCUCUCACUUUCAAGACAUACAUACAGUCUACGAGUUCUGGAAAUGGUUCGAGUACGUCUUCCUCGAUGUUGCAUUUGUGCAAAAAGAUGCAGCGGGCAGGAACCUUGCCAAGAGCGAGUGGGGCAGGCUGAUGCAGUACAACAAGAUCCUCGGCAGCAUCCGGCUCGAGCAGCGACGCGCCCGGCCCGUCGAGUGUCAGAUCCACCUCCUCGACGCCUUCUAUGGCUCUAUGCACUGGAUCGACCGGCAGACGGAGCACGUGCGGAUCGUCGUCACCCUGUACAACGGGGAGCUGAGCAUCUUCACGCAGUGCUCGUUGAAGCUGAAGCUGGAGCGAGGAGGCUACGUGAAGAACGAGUUCGAGAUCGGCUCCGUCAUCCUCGACCCGUACACGCUCCACCCCGCGAGCUCGUACGGGUGGGACGCAGCGUGGUACGUGAUCCUGUGCUCGGUCAACCUGAUUCUCAUCAUGAUCCACUUCCUGGAGGUGAUCCGCGCUCAGCCGCGCCUGGCCAUCAUCGUGGAGACCUUCCUUGCGGCGUCCAACGACAUUGUGCACUUUCUGAUCGUGUUUGUGAUGAUCGAGCUGGGGUUCGCGAGCAUCGGGACGCUGCUGUUCGGGCACCAGAUCAAGGAGUUUGCGACGCUGUGGGACUCGCUGAUGACUUGCUUCGAGCUGCUU